AAUUAAUAAUUUUCUAAAAAAAAAGUUACUUUCCGUGACGUAAUUAACAUUAGUGAUUAAUAUUGAAGGUUAAUCAGAAAUAGUCAGAAAUAUAAACGCAAGUGAAUCUCCUAGAAAACUUAUGAUGACAGAAAUAGGGAAUAAAGGAAAAGCGGAAAUAUUUACUUAUGAGAAUCAUGACGAUUCAACAGAUUGUUCUGAAGACCCAGAUAGUCAACAAGAGCCGAAUUUCGGUUUAUUAUUCGAUAUUGACGGAGUACUUGGUCGUGGAUUAGAAGUUUUGCCUCAAGCAGCCGAAGCAUUCAAAUUAUUAUGUGAUCCUGAUAAAAAAGAAUUACGUGUUCCAGUUGCGUUAGUAACUAAUGGAUCUGGAGAUGCUGCAACAAAAGUACAAAUGGUUUCUAAAUGGUUUGGCAUAAAUAUACAUCCAGAUCAAGUUAUUCUAGCGCCUAGUCCAUUGUCAGUUUACAAAGAAUAUCAUGAUAAAUGUGUAUUAUUUAUUGGACAAGGGAAUAUUAUUAAAUUGGCAAACGAUCUUGGAUUCACGAAUGUUGUAACACUAGAGGAUGUACAAGCUGCUUAUCCACUGUUAGAUAUGGUAGAUCACGAACAUCGGAGACAUAUUAUUAAUAAUCCACCGACACCAAAACCAAUGAAAAGAAUUGAAGCUAUAAUCUUAACUGGUGAACCAGCAAGAUGGGAGUCAAGUUUACAAUUAUUAGUUGAUUUAUUAAUGACUGAUGGUAAACCAGAUGAAGUACCAGAAACAUUUCCUGAAGAACAUUUACCAAUAAUUGCAUGUAAUAUGGAUUUAGUUUAUAUGGAUAAAGCUGCAUUGCCUAGAUUUGGUCAUGGUGCAUUUUUAAUUUGUUUACAAACAUUAUAUAAUCAAUUAACUGGUUAUAAAUUACGUUAUACAUCAUUAUUGGGUAAACCAAGUGAAAUAACUUUUCGAUUCGCUGAACAUAUACUUACUUUAACUUCAAAACGUAUGGGAUAUAAAAGACCGAUAGAUCGUUUAUUCUUUUUUGGUGAUAAUCCAGAUGUUGAUGUUUUGGGUUCAAAUCUGUACAAUAAUUUUUUACGUCGAUUUCGUCAUGUCUCCGGUGGUGAUAAGUCUCCAACGGAAGGACAUAGUCAAUAUAAAAAAGUAUCGGUAGCACAAUCACGUACUGUACCACCGGAUGCAGCGUUUCUUCCUCAAACUGCUAAAGGAAUUGAUUCUGUAUUAGUUAGAACUGGUGUAUACAAACCAACAGAUAGAACAAGAGUACAUUAUUGUCAUCGUGAUUUUCAAGGUGCAGCUGAUCUUGUUUUACCAACAUUUGAAGUUGAAGAUUGUCUUGAAGGUGUUCAAUUAAUUUUAAAUUUACAAAAAUUUCAUCCUGAUAAACAAAUAGCAAAAUAAAUAUAAUAACCAUUAUUGAAAAAAUACAAAACAAACAAACAAUGAAAUGAACUCUGUCAAUCUAUUUGUUUAAGUAACUUUUUUUUAAAAUGCUGUCAUUGUUUAAAAUUUUCUGAAACAUAACUGAUUCUCGUUCAAAAUUUCUUGUUGCUAAGUGAUUAUUCUAAAAAAAGAAAAACAAUAUUAAUUGUAUAAACUAUAUUCAGUGAUUGAUUUUUUCGGGGGUACAAGUGUUUAUUUAUCUAUAUAUAUUCGGUUAUUAUUACUAGUCAUAUUAUCAUCACUAAUAUUUCAUUAUUUGUCUAUGUGUUAAUACAUAAAUGAAAAGAGAAAUCUUGGAUUAUUUUACACGAAACUUUUGUCCUCUGAAAGUUGCCUUUUGUCUUGUAUUCCUCUUUAUAAUCUCUUCUUUAAUAUCUAUUACUUGUUAUAAAUAAGAAAUGAUAUAGUAAAGCAAACUUUAUUCAGCUUAAAUUAAAUGUAGAUAAUAAAAAAAGUAACUUUGUUCAUUUGUUC